GAGCCCGCGGGUUGAAGAAAUCGUACGCAUCGAGCGAGUGACAAGCGCCGCGUCUCACCAAACAAAGAAAAGCAAAAGCAGAGCCCCAAAAAAAAGGAAAAAGAAAAAACAAAAAUCCAAAUAAAAAACAACAAAAAUCCAAGCUAAAACAACAGAAAAACGUAGAAAACCCGCUACACUGACACAAAAACAUAGCCAGUCUAACGAAUAUUUUGUAGAAACCUCCCACAACAGAAAAAAAAAAAAAACAUUCGCAACAAAAUGCUGCCACGAAUCGCAGGCAAAUGAGCCCGCUAGCCCCUAACGGCUCCCAUCUGCGGCUGCUGCACAGCAGCGAGCCCGAGCCCGGUCCCGCAUCCGCACUCGCAUCCGCAUACGCAUCCGUCUACGUAUCCGCAUUCUCAUCCACAUCCGCAUCAGCCACUCGCCGCGUCUCCCAGUGUUUGUGCCAGUGUUCAGCCAAAGCGGACCGCCAGCAAUUGCAGUGUAAGGCGUCCGCCAUUCGCAUCCAAGCAGCAAACUAAUCUAAACGGCGGCGAGUGUCGCAUCUGAAAUUGAGUUUCGCUUCCGGUUCCGCCGCGCGUCGCCCAAUCCGUUUGGCCAAGUCGGUCGGUUGGUCCGCUUAGAGACGUUCCGUUCCGCACCGGUCGGUCGGUCGUUCGUUCGUCCGUUCAGACAGUUUUUCCUGUUCAAAAAUUGAUGACAACAGCGCAGCCCUGUAAUCGACAACAACAUUCAAGACUGCUAACUGGAAUUGCUUCGAACCAUCACCAUUAAAAAACGAAGAAACAACCACAACAAAGUGCUGCCAGCAACAAAAACGUAAUCAGGAAUUUAAGCAAAACCAAAAAGAAACAUCAGGGACAGGCAGGUAGACCCAGGGAGCAUGUUUAUGGAAUUGUCAUCGUUAGCGAGCAACUGACGCAACAGCUCAAGGCAUGUGGCAACAGCAGCAGCAACAGCAGCAGCAGCAACACUGAGCGGCAGGAGCAGAAACACCUGGCAAGAGAAGCAACUAGGAGCAGGACAACCUCCGCGGACAGGUGGUGUGCUGCUAUAAAGCAGCACCAUAGCUGCCAUUAAAAUAGACGCCGCGGCGCAACAGCAACGCUGCCGUCGUCAUAAUCAACGCCAGCGACAACACCACCCGCAUCAUCGCCAUCGCAGACGACGACGGCGCAGCAGCAACAUCAGCAGCAACAUCAGCAGCAACAGCAACUGCAACAUCAGCAACUGCAGCAGCAGCGGGCUGUUGGGCGCAGUGGGCGUGGCCGGCAGCUGCCCAUUGCUCGCCACACAGCAACUAAUCGAGGAGCCUGGCAGCAGCAACAACACAGGCGACGACGACGGCGGCGCAACAACGCAGCAGCAACACUGCAGCCUGCAACAUCAGCAAUCCGGUCGACGGCGACACUACGACGGCCUGUCAUCUGUAGGCAAUGCAACGCGCUGUGCAGCAACGGGUUGGACCUGGCCUAAGAUGGGUAGCGUGCUAUUCGCAGCUGUAUUCAUAGCAUUACACUUUGCCACCGGCGGCCUGGCCAACCCAGAUGCGAAGCGACUCUACGACGACCUGCUGAGCAACUACAAUCGCCUCAUCCGACCCGUGGGCAACAACUCGGACCGUCUCACCGUCAAGAUGGGUCUGCGCCUCUCCCAGCUGAUCGAUGUGAAUCUAAAGAAUCAAAUUAUGACAACCAAUGUCUGGGUGGAACAGGAAUGGAACGACUAUAAAUUGAAAUGGAAUCCGGAUGACUAUGGCGGCGUGGACACUUUGCACGUUCCCUCCGAGCAUAUAUGGCUACCGGAUAUUGUGCUCUAUAACAACGCCGAUGGCAACUAUGAAGUGACAAUAAUGACAAAAGCAAUUCUUCAUCACACGGGCAAAGUGGUGUGGAAACCGCCCGCCAUUUACAAAUCCUUCUGCGAAAUUGAUGUCGAGUACUUUCCCUUCGACGAGCAGACAUGUUUCAUGAAGUUCGGAUCCUGGACCUACGAUGGUUACAUGGUGGACUUGAGGCACUUGAAGCAGACCGCCGACUCGGACAACAUCGAGGUGGGCAUCGACCUGCAGGACUACUACAUCUCCGUGGAGUGGGACAUCAUGCGUGUGCCGGCGGUGCGGAACGAGAAGUUCUACAGCUGCUGCGAGGAGCCGUAUCUGGACAUAGUGUUCAACCUGACGCUCCGCCGGAAGACGCUCUUCUACACGGUCAACCUGAUCAUACCCUGCGUGGGCAUCUCGUUCCUGUCCGUUCUGGUCUUCUACCUGCCCAGCGACUCUGGCGAGAAGAUCUCGCUCUGCAUCAGCAUCCUGCUCUCGCUUACCGUGUUCUUCCUCCUGCUGGCCGAGAUCAUUCCGCCCACGUCGCUGACGGUGCCGCUGCUGGGAAAGUAUCUGCUCUUCACCAUGAUGCUGGUCACGCUCUCUGUCGUGGUCACCAUUGCCGUGCUCAAUGUGAAUUUUAGAUCCCCUGUCACGCAUCGCAUGGCACCGUGGGUGCAGCGCCUCUUCAUCCAGAUCCUGCCCAAGCUGCUCUGCAUCGAGCGGCCCAAGAAGGAGGAGCCCGAGGAGGACCAGCCGCCCGAAGUGCUCACCGAUGUCUAUCACCUGCCGCCGGAUGUGGACAAGUUUGUCAACUACGAUUCGAAGCGUUUCAGCGGCGACUACGGCAUUCCAGCACUACCCGCUUCGCAUCGCUUCGAUUUGGCUGCGGCGGGCGGGAUUAGCGCCCACUGUUUCGCAGAACCGCCGCUGCCCUCCUCACUGCCACUCCCGGGCGCCGACGACGAUCUGUUCAGCCCGUCGGGCCUCAACGGAGACAUCAGUCCCGGCUGCUGCCCGGCCGCUGCAGCCGCCGCUGCCGCCGAUCUCAGUCCUACGUUCGAGAAGCCCUACGCCCGCGAAAUGGAGAAGACCAUCGAAGGAUCCCGCUUCAUCGCGCAGCACGUGAAGAACAAGGAUAAGUUUGAGAGUGUGGAAGAGGACUGGAAGUACGUUGCCAUGGUAUUGGAUCGUAUGUUUCUGUGGAUCUUCGCGAUCGCUUGCGUGGUCGGCACAGCGCUGAUUAUCCUGCAGGCUCCCAGCUUGUACGACCAAUCGCAGCCGAUCGAUAUACUCUACUCGAAGAUUGCCAAGAAGAAGUUCGAGCUGCUCAAGAUGGGCAGCGAGAACACCUUAUAGCGACCACUUGGGUUCGCGGCUGGCUGGUGGAAUCUAAUCAUCAGCUCGCUGCGGACCCUGUUCGCCGCUCGCGACGAUGAUCGUGGAUAAUAUACGAUGAGCCAAACCAUGAGUAUUUCCUCGGCGUUGUACAACACUAACAGCAGCAGCAGCAGCAUCAGUAUGAGCAACGCCAGUGACAGUGGCAGUGUCAUCGGCAGUGCUGUAAAGGUUAUUGUGAGUAGUGUUGGCAGCACCAACGAAACGGAUGACUCGUGGAGCCCAUCGUAAAUGUGCGCGAGGCGAGUGAAGUGAACAUUGCGAAAUGAAUUGAGAUACAAUCGAAUGGAGGCAAGUUUUUGGAGCAGUUGAUCAAAAUAUGUAUGUAAUGUAAUUUGAUGGGGUUGUAGUGUUGAUUAACCGUGACAGUGCUGGACAGCGACGCAAGCCACAAGAUCGCUGCGGAGCGGAGAUUAGUUUGUAAGUUUUUUGAUGUACUUGAUGUAUGAUUGUGUGGUCGAAGAUGUUUAGGUGGUUCCCGAACCAGUGUUGUAAAAAGCGUAUGGAGUUUUGUAAGUUAUAUUGUAUUUUUGAGCGCCAAAAAGUUCCUUGUUACAUCUUUUAGUUAUAAAGUUCCACACAACACAAAGCAACAAAGCUAACAAAAAGAAGCAAAAACAAAUGAAAAUGUUUUAAAAUUGCAUUUUAAAUUUAAAUCUGACUGCAUGUGUUCAGUGCGUGAGUGUGGGUGCUUCUGCUGGAGAUUGUGUGAGUGUGUGCGUGCCACAAUAUACAUACAUAUGAAGAAGAAAAUCAAUUUUAAUGGUUUAUUUAUUUGUGCAUAUUUUUCGCAUUAUUUUUAGCAGAGCAAAAACAAAACACUGAUGAAAUGCGCCCACGCAGAAUGGGUGUAAUUAAAUCGCAUUGAAUUCCAAUCUAUUUUUAGCAUAAAUAAGUGAAGUAAAUACGAUAAACUAUAUUUAAUUAGCCAAUAAGUCGUAACUAGUGGUAGCUAAGCAAAUCUAGUAUUGAAUUAAAUUUAAUAUUAAAACAAACACGAGGUCCGACAAAUCGGCUCGUAAGAAGCGCGAAAUUCUGAAAUAAAUUUAGUUGAAUGUCGAUACAAGCGAGUCGUCGUCACAUUUUUAAAGUCACACAUUUUUACUAAACACACGAGCAACCAACACACACACACAAGCGUACAUAAAUAUAUAUUAUAUCGUGCAAGCAUACAUAUAAAUAUAUAUAGAGUACGUAUACGUAUUUAUAGGAUUGCAGCUAGUCAAAACACAAAACAAUUUCAAUUAAAAACACGCACACAAACAGACAGACACGGCGGUAAACACAAGUAACAAUAACUAAAGCGAAUGGAUAUUUGUUUAGUUUGAAGCCUUUUAAUCAAUUAAAUUAUUGCGUUUAAUACGAAUUCCAUUUUCACUUGAUUUCGAUUUAGAUUUUGAUUGUUUCCCAACCACCCAACCACCCACUCCGCCCUUGCCGUUUAUUUAAGCAGCUCCUUUGUAGUUCUCGGCACUCAUUAUGCAUUCAUUGGAGCAUACGGAGCGUUCCGAAACCUUUGGCAAGUUCAAUUUAAAAUAAAAGUUUUUAAUUACUUUCAACGGGCCACGCGAGUACCGUUCUGAGCUCCGAGUUCUGGCUUCUGAGCUCUGAGGUCUGGGUUCUCGGCUCUGGUUUCUAGCCAUUCCAAUGGCUCCGGUCGAGUGGCACACAGAGAACACCUUCAAUUUAAAUGCCAAAGCAAACGAAACUUGCCACAAGGUUGACUGCCACGCCCACACGCCCCGCUUGCCCCUCAUUUAUGCCUUUGCAUUUUUAAUUGAUUUUGGAAAAGUUUCUGCCGCUAGAGCAACAAGAACAGUAAACAUUAAGCAAAUGCAAGAGCCACCGCUGCUUUUUCGACAGAGGCGGCGCCCAAAUGGGCGGUGUUGGGGCGAAAGAGGGCGUGGCAACGCCGCAAGGCAUGCAACAAAUUAAGUGCGGAAUGCAAUUUGCCAUGCUGUGUGCAUAAGAAGCUGUGUGCGAGUUAAUAAAAAACAAAAAAGUAAACAAAUACUUACACUCGCACGAUUGGAAAAGCACUGAAACUGAAAUAUUAGAUUCAAUCUGAAUAUCUCUUACUUUUGUUGAAUAUUAAAAAACCAAACCUUAUUUCAAUUAAAUUCAAUCUUUUCAAUUCUCUCAGUGUAAUCACAUUACAGCAACAAUAACUUGCCAAGCAUAAGUGAAAUCUGUGGAAACUAUUAGCAAAGAAUGUCGCGACAAGCGACAACGGCAACCCUGAGCCCACUGCCAGGGUUGUCGAGCGGCCUGGGUGUUGCUCAUUGUUGCCAGGAGAAAUGUCUGAAUGUUGCCUCUCUUCUGCUGCUGCGUCAGCAGAGUUGUGCGUGCGAGGCGGCAAAAGUUUAAUUAAAAUUCCUAAUCGAAAAUAUUCAACAUUUGUUAGUGUGAAUUAAUUAAAAUAGUUUUCCAAGCCAACGAAUGUGGCACUGUUUAAGCACACGGAAAAAGCGGCAAAGAGCUGGACGGGAAAAUGGUAUAAAUUUCGGACUUGUUCUGGGCGGAACUGGGUGGAAAUUUUAAAGUUGAAAUUAUUUUAUAAUCAACUAUUUUUUUCCGAUGCACACAGCCAAAAAAGAAACACACACACACACAAGCACACGAUAGCGAUAAAAAAAAGAGGAAAACUAAACAGGAAAAUCUAAAUAGCGGAUGCCGUUUUGGGUGUAUUAAAAUGUAAAGUGCAUAAAAAUCAACAGUUAACAUUUUUUAAAUAUCUAGCUAUUAAACUAAACGUAUUAUAAAGCCUAUAAAAUAAACGUCGGAAUAUCAUAAAUCAAGUAAUUAAAUACAAAUGCGAGGACUUAAAUUAGAAUGAAACCAAUGUCACAUUUAAAUGAAAUCGAUUAAAUGGACAAUGCAAAAAGGCAGCAACAAAAUCCACAAAAAUACCCGUUCAUUUAUUACACAAACAGGAAAUACAAUUGUGCAUCAUAUAUUGAAAGUAUUAAACUGAGCUUAUAAAAUUUAAACUAAAAAAAAAUUGACACACACAAUGUUGCUAACUGAAAUGGAAAAAAAGUGCGUAAACUAUUUGACAACAUUCUCGACUUCCGUAUCGAAAAGCAUAAAAUAAAAAAGUCUGAAAAAUAUAAAGUAUAUAUAGAAAAAAAGAACACACACAUAAAUACAUAGAAUAUGGAAUGCAACACAUGACACCUUUUUAAAAUGCAAAACUGAAUAACCACUGACACAAUGCAAAAAAAAAACUGAUUGCAAAAAUUAUUCAUAGAGGACAAAAUUGAAUUACAAAAAAUUUCGUACACAACAAAUAGUUUAAAGCAAAAGGGCAAACCGGUAUUACCAAAUGGAAAAAUAAAACAUAUAUUUUGUAAAAUAACGAUACAUUGGCUCUUUGUUAUUGGCUAUUAUUUUGUUAAUAUCUAACUUAAACUUCAGAAUCAUAUGCAAAAAAUAUCAGCCAUUUUUGGUGUGACUUGUAAAUAUUAUACAAAUUUAAAUUAACACUUGCUUAAGCUUUAAAUAUGUUUGUUCAUUAGGAAUUAUUCAAAUAGUUUUAGUGUGCUGAUAUAAGUUUUGUUUGAAUGCAUACAAAUUGUUGAAUCGACUAUUUACUGUAAGCUUCUUAAUUUUAAACUAUUUUGUACAGAUUUCCAGCUUAACAAACCUUUUGUUAUAGUUUUAGACAAUCAACUAUUUAAAUAUAUUUAAACGCAGCAAAGCGAAAUGAAAACAAAGAACUAAUGACAAGUAAAUGGCGUAACUUUUCUGUGAAUAAAAUAAACUAAAUGAGUAAAACCCCUAUAAAACAUUUAUGCAUAUUUAAACCUAAUGUCACUAUGCAAAUAUAAAAUCGCAAAAUGCGAAAAAAAAAUUUGAAAAAAUGCGAGAUGCGUGGAAGAACAAUUAGAUGAAAUUCAUUUCAACAAAAAACCAUUUUUGUAAAUUGUUUCACUUGGGAAAUCGACACGCUAAAGCCAAACUAAAACAAAAAACUAAAUAAAUAGAGAAAUAAAUGAAAACUCGUUUUACCAAAUAAUGCAAAACACAAGGAAGAAAAGUGAAUAGUGAAGACACUCGAGAAAACAAAAUCGAAUUAACGUCAAAUACAUAGAAGUGUAUAUGCUCUCAUUGGUUGUGUUUUUAGGUUAUAAACAAAUAGGUUUGACUCUGUGUGGGUGUGUGGGCGUGUGGGUGUGCCGGUCCUUCGUCCUGCACACACACAAACACACGCACCGCCCAAACAAACAAGCAAACAGACAAGCAAACAAUCGUUCAUUCAUUCACUCAAUCAGUCGGUCUGUCGAUCCCACUCACGAUCGAUCGGACCUAUAGUUGUACAGUUCAUUUCAACAUUGAUUCAUAAAUAUUAACGAGUAAAUUAAAUGGAAUUUAGCGAGUAUCUGUAUAUUAUGCUAGUAAUGUCAAACAUUUUGAAUUUGCCUUUUCGAAUCGAUUCUGUUCAAGUUUUCCCUAGGUUUCUAGCUAAAUGUUUAGUGUGCUUGAUAUGAAGAGUUAAGCUGCUAAUUUAGGUAAUCGAGAAGAAACCGUGUAAUUUAAAUACUGCCACAAAUAAGACGAAAUGAAAUGCAAAUAGAACAUAUAGAAAAUAUACACAUAUAUAUAUAUGUAUCAUCUAUAUAUGAUAUGAGUACGAGUAUAAUGAUAUACGAACUAGUUAAGAGCAAACAAUUUUCGCAGUGUGUCCACGGAAAUGGAAAACAGAUCCUUUGCGAAGGAGCUAUAGUCACGUAAGGGUCGUAAGGAUCAUGCAGAUCGGGGCUCGAAGUUAACAUUGAAGCUAAGUACUAACUAUAUAGGCAACUCACCAAUAAUUCUGUAUAUAACUAAAGUAACCACCACAGGACAUACACACACACACACACAACCCCACACCCAAACACACACACACACACAGCAAUGCAUACACAAGAAGCACGCAGUUGAAGCAGUUCAUACCUGUAUAUAUAGAUAUAUAUUGUGAGGCAACCGCCGAUCCAUCACCGAUCGAUCAUUCAGCAAGCGAAAAGAAUUUAAUUCCAGUACAAUUCAUUUCCCGAUUACAGUUACAAAGGACAACGAACUUGUGAGCACACACAAAUCUUAGAUAAAGCACAGGAAAAUAUUUGAGGAGAUUAGUAACGAAAACUACUCAACAGUUGCCGAGCAUAAUGCCCUUAUAGGAUAUACUUGAAAUAACUAGAUAUUUCCCAAGAAAUUCGAUAUAAUUCGCGUUGCAUUCAAUUUUAAUAGGGGCAUUUACACCAGGCAAUAAUGUGUUUCAUUUUAGCAAAACGAAAAACCAUUUUAAGGCCAAUCACACUUAGCACUAACAAUUAUCAUAAUUAGUUAAACGCAAAAUAGUUAUUAAACAAAAAAAUAUAUGAAAUCGAGCAAAAUGGGCUAACUGAAGCAAAUUAAUUACGAUGUAAACAGGAAAUUGAGGUAUUUGAUAAAUAUGCGGCUUGACCCUGAGAUUCAAAAAACAUAAAAUCGUAUGUCUUCCAAUCAAAGGUCGUCUUUUGUAGCAAACACAACAAGAAUCAAAGUCUGCGUAUUGCUAAACAAGUAAACAAAUCGAAUUGGAAGCAACUGCGGCGCUGAUUAAUGCAGAAAUGCUAAAUAUCUGAAGCGCAAACUAACACACACACACAAAUAGAAACACACACAAUCAAACGCCCAAACACACACACACACACACACUGAAAGUGCACUCUGCAAGCUCGAUUAGCGAAUAAUCAUGGAAUUCUUUAGGGUUAACUGGAUAUUCAAUUGUGACACCUUCCACGAAGCAUUCCUCGCUCUCACUCUCUCACUUGAACUCUGACCCCAUUCGGUUCCCAGCAACUAAUCAAGUACCUGACAAUAGAUGAACUACACUUUUCCAGAAUUUCUAGGCACAGCACAUCGAUCCAUUUCCAUUAAAGCUCGUCUUGUACAUACAGCUGCCGAAUGAUCAGUAUUAUUUGGCUAACAAACUUUUACAAAGUUGUCCAGAAGCGAGGCAAAUCAAAAAAUACAUAAAUUAAUUCAUUAAAAACGGUUUCAAUGACAGCUAGAAAAUUUAGACACCGACACACGACACGCGUACACAUUUCAGAGCAAUUAGAGUUUUAACCAUGAUUUAUAGCAGACACGCACUUUUGUAAAAUAUUUCCGAGAGCAAAGCCAAAACAAUUGGUUUAGUUAGAACCUGGCUUUUUCAAUGAUUCCAAACUACUACUAGGUUCAUCAGAAAUCGAUAGAGCAAAGAAUCACAUAUUAUAUGUGCCCGAAUGCGCCUAAAAGCAUGCAAUGGUAUUUUAGCUGAAUCUAUCUAUUUUUGAUGCACAUCCAAUUAUUCGAAAGAGAAGUUUUCAAUCGUUGACGUAAAAAAAACCGCAGAUUCGCCAGCAGCACAAUACACACACACACACACACAGUCUUAAGCUAAACCCACACAUCCACGAAUAUACUCGAAUAUUUUAUGCUUGUGUAUGUAUGCGUUUCGUGUAUGAAAUUGAGUGAAUGGCAUUGCAUGUGUGUGUGUGUGCUAGAUAAAGCCAACAUCAAAUGUGUAAAUUCAUAAACUACAAAUCCGGCGAGUAUAUAAGCAUUGUACUAACUAUAUAUUUGAAGGGUAUAUAGGCAUUAGGAGGUAUGUAUACACUAUGCAUAUACACUUGUAUGUAUAUUUUUUGUAUUAACAAUUAGGUGCCGUUAGGUUUAAGUGCUUCCGUUGCAAGUUUCGUGUAAAUUUUCUUUCAAUUCGUUCGAUCGAGAUAUGAAAACCAAAAUCAAUUUUAGCGUCAAGAUUUUUAACUCAAAAGAAAAACGAAUCAAAGCAAAUGGCAAAUCUUAAAGUCUUGCAACUCACUGGGGAAAACAACACCACGAAUAUUAAAGUUAAAGGUAAAGCGCCCACGGGCCAAACUAACGGCAAAUUGCUCAACAACAAAAAAAUAAAACCCAAAACCAAAUAAUUAACGAUAAAUAUACAUACAUAUACGCAGUAAAAUAAAGCCAGAUAUAAAUACAAGUAUGGAGUAAACAUUUAGUUAGGCGUCCAAAAGCGCUCGCUAAAAAUUCUACACGAGAAUCAAUUUUGACUAAAUUGAAAAUUUAGUUAAAUCGAAUCGCAUAACGUAAGUUAGCUAAGUAACGAUAAUCCGAUUUAUGUAAAAUACUCGCGACUAAGUAUAGACUAAGCUAAAUUUGACACUGCAAAUCAAAGCAAGAUCAGCAAAAUGCGAACCUAUUGAGAAAAUGAGAUGGUAAAAUGGACAUUUGUGUGCAUCAGUAUAAUUCAGAUAAAUGUGACACGAUACUUAAACUUAAACGGAAAAGCGUUGCAUUUACAUUUCACAUAACAAAUACGUGCGUAAAUAUAUAUAUGAUUACUAUAUAUAUAUUAAAUAUAUAGUCGAAACUCUCUUGAACAACAAAACCGCAAACAUAUUACAUAACAAACCGAAACUAAAUUAAUUACACUCACGCGCAGCCAGCAAGCAAACAAUUGAACAUUGAAAAUUGAUCAAAAAUUACCAGAUCAUACACAAACAAAUCGAAGGUAUUUAACAAAAUAAACGAAAUCGAUAGAAGCAUAAAUAUGUUGACUAAAACAACAGUAUAAAAAGGAAAUGCAUUAACAACCUAAAUGUAAGACACUAAUUAACGAACUUAAGCUAACGCAAAAACAAAUUGAAAUAAUAGCAACAAUUGCGAAAAAAAAACAACACUAAAAUUGAAAACAAUUAAAAAACGACAACACAUUAAAAGAAAACAAUUACUAUAUAAAUAAAUGUUACGCGUUAUUAAAUAAAGAAGAAUGAAAAUAAUUUGUUUU